AUGCAAGCAGUCGAGUGGGACCAUUAUCAGCAGGACAUCACGAGCGAUCGAAGAGCAUUGAAGAGACAACGCCAGAAACAAUGCAAGUCAAAGGAACGCUCGAUCACGAGCAACCUCAUAGGUCAGUUGGAUGCGAUGACGCCGGUGAAACGUCCGGCCGAGCUGUCAGCUCUUGGACAGCUGUCAUCGGGAAGAAAUCGAGCCCAGCUCCUUUCAGAUGUCAUUGCUCAUGUCAGGGAAGUGAACAAAUUCCGCUCACGUGAUCUUGCGGAUGCAUCCGCAGAUUCUAGCGAAGCUGCCGAGAGGCCUAGUAGACUUCUCUCGAGCUGCGGAGGGGAGGCCCUCAUUGAAGCCUUGCUCACAAGCCAUGUAGAUCGAAUCGUCGUAGUGGAACUCCCAAGCUGGAGGAUAUGCAGGAUGAGCGUCGCCUUCGAGAACGACUACCGCGAAUCAGUGUUCAGCCCAACCCUCGUUGGACAGAGCUUGAUGCACUUUGUGGAAAGCAGCUACAUUGACAGGAUGCGGGACUUCGCCAGGAGAUUGCGGAGUAAUCAGAGCCUAGGAAUGCAGCAGGAAAGACGAUUGAGCAGUCGAAUCGACGUAAUGUUUAGAGUGUUCCGAAGACACAACAUCGUGACGGUGGGAUCGUCGAUUGUGCCGUUGUGGGCAAGAUAUGGGGGGAUUGGAAUCUUUGUGAUAGAAGGAAGAAUGGAAAGAGUAACAGAACCUGACUGGAUCAGGCUCAACUUGCGGCCUCUGUUUGGAGUCUAUCUGUUUAGUCCAGAGGGCUCCAACUCAGCACCCUGGAGAGUGGACGCGGCCAUGACAUCAUACGGCUUUCCCAGCGAAAGGAACUUCCUUUCGCUAUACAUGCCAGCUUUACACAACACGGAAGAGUCAACGUCGAUCAUCCAGUGGAUAAAAGAAGGAGCCAUGGCUCGUCUAGCUUCAGUGCAGGAGGCUAUUUUUGCAUUCUUAGCCACAAAGCAUGAAGCACAUAUGAUGUUCGACCCGGAUAGCAGUGGGAGGAUAUGCGCUCAUAUCCACGUGCGGAUUGCUCUGCCACGGAUGUUUGGAGGGUUCAAGUCGUCGUGGACUUGCCUACUCAAACAGCCGUUGGAUGGCACAGCAGUGAAAGAAAUGGGAGGACACUGGAUGGCGCGCGAAGACAUGUUCAAGUUUACGGCUUUCUUCAUGAGAGUGGGAGACAAGACUUGGACCUUCGCAUCGGGUCUGAUUCAGCAUGAAGGACAGGUUUUCAAAGAUCCACUCGAGGAGCCGUACAGAUAUUCUUACCUAGUGAAAAGGGUAGGAGAGGCAGAUGUGACUCUUGUUGGCUUACUUGCGGAUCACGAGUAA